CUCCCCCCGCCUCCCCCCAAUCAACUAAGGUCCGUGUGAGACUCUCGGCGAAAGACGUGUGACGGAAUGAGAGAGAGAGUUAUUCGUCCUGUUGGGCUAGUCAGGAGGCGACCAGAUCGAUUGAGACUACUGUAAACAGUCUAUCAAAUUGCGAUUGGUACCAUAAGCUUCACAGCUCCCACCUCAUAGCCUGACGGAUAAUCAACUCUCCAUCCAAAUUCCCAAACCAUGGCCCCCAAAUUCAUCACCAAAGGAACCCGCACAUUCAUCUACGACCCUACAGCCCCGUACCCCCUACCGGUCGACCUAGCCGAAUCGCACAGGCAAUCCCUCCUCACACUAACCCUUACGCAACUCUACGGCGGGCCCCUCAUCUCUGCCUCGGAGAUGAAAUCGCCUCCCCGGCGCGUACUGGAACUCGGCUGCGGAUCGGGGUAUUGGAGCAUGAUGUGCCACCAAUUCCUAACGGCGCGAGGCCACCCAGAUGUCUCCUUCGUCGGUAUCGAUGUCGUGGUGCCGCCCGAUGUUGCUGCAAUCCCAGAUAACGGCAUGGAUUGGACGUUUGUGGAGCACGACAUGCGGCGCGUGCCGUGGCCUCUUGAGAGCGGUGAGUUUGACUUGCUUAUGGUUAAGGAUAUGUCGCUCGCUUUCACGAGUCUUCAAUACGUGGUGGCCAUGGAGGAGUGUCUACGCGUGCUUAAGCCGGGAGGUAUUUUGGAGAUGUGGGAGACUGAUAGUACAAUUCGCGUGCUGCAACCACACGAGCCCAAGCAUGGUGGUGUUAAAAGGGGCUCAGAAUCUUGGAGCCCCGCAGCGAAGCUGGGAGCGUACUCAAUCGACGCUGAUGCCAACACGCCCCUGGGUCCGCCGUUAAAUAAGUACUUCGCGGAGUACAACAGUUGGGUGGCCAAGGCCCUUGAGAAACGCGAAUUGACCCCUAUGCCUUGCGCGAUGGUGGGACCGAGGCUGGUGCAAGAAGCAGACGUCUUGACGGUUUUGACCUCGAGAAGGCUCGCUAUACCACUCAGUGAGAUCAAAUGGGAGCGAGGAAGAGUUUUGGAUGGACACCAAGCGGCUGUCAGGCGGACAGCUCUCGAGAUUGUGUUGGGCGGAAUCAGUGCAUUAGAGCCGUUACUGAGAGAAGUUAGUGGUAAGAACCAGGAUGAGUGGGAAGUAUGGUUUGGCAAUAUGACACAAGACUUGAUGACUGAGGGUGGUGCGUGCUGGGGUGAGUGCUUAGAGGUUGGUGCGUGGAUAGCACGAAAAAAAGAUGAAAUGAAUGUAUGAAAACGUGGUUUGUAGAGAGGUCUGGCUGGCCAGUUCAGUUCAAACCAUGACUGUGUGGCCGUCACGACCUACCAAUAUGAAGACACAAUCAUACCAA